CGACUUUGUGCCUCUUAUGACAAUUUUCGUUCUUUCCAUCUUGUGCUUUCAAAGCGUUCAGACGUAGAAUUAAUUAUUACUAGAUAUAAAGUAAUAUAAUUAAAUUAAAUUGAACAAUGAAAAUCAGCUAAGAGAAGCUGUCAAAUCAUGGAAGAUGAAUUUGUGAACAAUUUGGUUUUAAAAGAACAUCCAAAACUGACUAAAGAAAUGCAGGACAAGCUUGAAAAGCAAAAUUCACGCAUUGUUUCUGAUUUCAAGGCUCAAAAGCUUGAAAAAGAUGCUCAAAAGAAUUGGGAUUUGUUCUACAAGCGCAAUGAGACGAGAUUCUUUAAAGACCGGUUAUGGACUAUUCGUGAGUUUAAAGAACUAGCUGGAUCUUUUGAUGAUCAAAAGAAAGUCUUACUUGAAGUUGGUUGCGGCGUUGGCAAUAUGGUAUAUCCAUUAAUUGAAGAGAAGCAUAACAGCUACUUCAUUUAUGCCUGCGAUUUCUCACAGCGGGCUGUAGACUUUGUCAAAAAGAAUGAGCUAUAUGAUGAGUCAAAGAUUAAAGCAUUUCAAUGUGACAUAACAUCAGAGAGCAUCUUUGCGACUAUUAAGGAAGAAUCUGUGGACAUAAUUACAAUGAUUUUUGUAUUGUCAGCAAUUCAUCCAGAAAAGUUUAAAGUUGUUGCUGAGAAUCUAUUUAAGCUCCUUAAGAAAGGAGGAAUCUUGAUGUUUCGUGAUUAUGGACUUUAUGAUAUGGCACAACUUCGAUUCAAAUCUGGCAAUAAGAUUGCUGAAAACUUUUAUGUACGCCAAGAUGGCACUAGAUCUUAUUUCUUCUCACUGGAUGAAGCUAAAAGCAUUUUUGAAAGUGCCGGUUUUGAAGUUGACCAAAACAAUUUCAUCCAAAGAAGAACAAUCAAUAAGAAGGAAGACGUUGAUGUCAAGCGAUGGUUUAUUCAAGGAAAGUACAUCAAGCCAUGAAGCUAUUACUGGAUCCUUAAUUGAUUAAGAUUGCUGAACAAAAUUGCCAAAUCGGUUUGAAAAAUGCAUCAUAAAUCAGAAUCACAGCAGAUGACUUUUAUCUCAAAAUGGUACAUUACGUAACUUCUAGCUUGCAUGCUUAUUACUGAAUGCCAUGACAUUAUUGGAACACUAAGCUGAGUACAAUAUCAAGAGUACUUCGAAAAGCUAUGUCUAGCUUGGUCAACAAAUUGCUAUUCUAGAUAAAACUAUUCAGGAGCAAACGUGACGCUGUUAAGCUUGCUAAAGUUACAAAUUAGCUAAAAGGCUUAUCACAUCAAGAAUUAAACUUUAAAGAUUGUCAAGAAAUUUGAAUAAAAUGUCUUAUUUGUCACAUAAUAAA